GAACAUGGUGAUGAUGACCGGAGAAGAAGCUCGCCGAUUCAAAAGAAAAGUUUGAAAUUCCAGGCGGGAGAUUUGCGAAUCAACAGAUAUCGUACGAAUUGAUCAGAUUGUGAUAUUGGAACUUGGAAUUGAGAGUUUUAGGGGAAGUGCAGAGUCUUGAUGCUAUGGAUGACCAUGGUGGUGGGUCUUGUGGAGCUUCUGAUUUGAGCCUUGAGGAACUGAUGGAGGAAUAUUCUUCUCGACCUCCACAAGUAGCUGAAUGGUUAUGGUGUAUCGAAUACGUAGCCAAGUUCGUUAAGGAUAUACGUUGCAUUCUCGAUUUGAUGAACAUGGGGUAUCAUUAUCAAUACGCAGAUGAUUAUGGGAAAAGGAUUAAUGAAGUCCUGUCUCUUAGAGUCUUGGAGUUCAUGUUUGAUCCAACCAAGAAUGAUUCUAGGGGUGUUGGUGUUGCUUCUGCUUCAGGGGAAAGAGUUGAGUUCGAUUUGUCUUUGAGUAGCGCUGAUGUUCUCAGAGCGAUUCUGAGAGAGAUUCCAGUAUCGGAACUGCGAGCUGGCAUGCCGGAGUUAUCAAAGUUCAAUGUUCUUCCAUUUAUUGCUCACAAGAACAUGUGCUUGCCACAGUGUGCACUGGAGAAGCUGAGAUAUUUGAGUUUAAUGGAGAAUGAGACAAGUGCAGCUCCUGAGAUGGCUGAAAAUGAUCCUGUUUGUAGUGGUUAUAUACCAGUGCACAUGGAUAUAUGCGAGGAGGAGCCGAUAGAUGAGCAACAAGUGCAUAUUGGUUUGGAUAAAGUAACUCUCACCGACGAUGAAGCUGAGGCAAUGCACACCAACGAAAAAGAUGAAGUCAUUGUGAUCGAUGAAGAUACAGAGAAUGAUCAACACACAGACAGUGAACGCAUUAGCAACGAUUAUACUACUGGUAAGACAUUUCCUACAAGCUCAAGGAGAUGGCCAGAGAACGCACGUGUAAAAUGUACAAAAGAUGGAACCUGUUUAGUCAGUGGGAGCGAUGAUGAUGAUGAGUCAGAUAUGGUCAAAGAUCCAGCAUUAGCCAAGAAGAAUAAAAACAUUUACACAAACCUUCCAAGAGCCGAGAAUGUAUGCUGGAAAUGUGGAAAAGAAGGAACGUUGUUGAUAUGUAGCAGAAGCGAGUGUGCAUCAAAAGUUCACAAGGAAUGCUCGAAUUGUGUGGUUAACUUUGAUGAAGACGGGAACUUUCACUGUCCUGUGUGCUGGUAUGAUGGAGUCGUUGCAGAGUACUUAGAAUCUCAGAAGUUGAUGAGCUCUGCUAAGAGAAGAAUGAUGAAGUUCAUGCCUCUACUUUCAACAAGAAGCAAGAGACUCAGAUCAAUCAAAGCGAUCUGAAACUCCAUUAUGUUCGUGGUGGAUCUUGGUUAGGAGACGAGUUCUGUUCAUAUAUGUGCUCUGGUGUAAAGAAUUGGAGAUAUUGGGGUAAUUAAUUAGAAGUGAAAGUUAAGGGUGUGAAUGGUUAUUAUUUAAAACUAGCGGGAAAUGGAGGAGUCUAAUCUAACUUUGACUGAAGUUUUUCUUAUUUC